AUGGCUGAUAACACAACUAAUCCACCAACUACAGAUACUACUACAACUACAACAAGUCAAGAUGCAGUUUAUUGGGCACCACUAAAACCAUUGACAACACCACUUGUCUUUCAAUUGGCUGAUACUAGACCUACAGUAUGUGCAGUCAAGUUCCCAUGUUUGUUGUGUGAACAUGUAGAAUAUGAAUCUAGACCUACAUUGGAGCACUUGUUGGUAGAACACAAGCUCGUUAUUGCCGAUGUCAACUCGGUUGCCAACCUUUCAUCCUAUCUCUUUCACUGGCGUUCACUUAUGAAGGACAAGCCUAUUGCACACUACACAACCACCAUUCACACGCAACAAACCCCUUCUGCACCACCAACCAACUAUUAUCUCCUCUCUGACGUUCUCCAAGAGGAUCAAGCACUCAGACGUAAACUUCAAACCGAGAGACUCAGCUUUGUCCUCGAUCAACAACACCGUGAACGUACCGAUCCAUCCUUUUCCUCUUCUUGUCCAAUGUGUUUGGAAGAAUUCAAAGGUGAUAGAUCCGCUGUUAGUUCUCAUUUAUUCGAACAACAUAGUUUUAAUAUUGGAUUACCAGACAAUUUAGUAAAUAUUAAUGAAUUGUUGGAUUUAUUAAAAGAGAAAUAUGAUAUUUGUCAAUGUUUGUAUUGUGAAAAGAUUUUCAAGAGUCAAGCAGUCUUGAAACAACAUAUGAAAAAGAAGAAACAUGUACGUCUCAAUCCACACAAUACAGAGUACGAUCGAUUCUAUCUCUUAAACUAUCUCGAACCUGGAAAGAAUUGGGAGGAAAUUAAAAAGGAAAAGGAUGUUGAGGAUGAAGAUGAAAAGGAUGAUAUCCUCUCUCAAGAUACCGAUGGUGAGAGUAAUGUUGAUAAUACAGUUGAUGAAAAUGAUAAAGUUGCACAAUGGGAAGAUUGGGAGGAAAAUUCAGAUGAUGAACCAGAUCACCAAAUUGUUUGUUUAUACUGUCCAAAUCAAUACGACACUCAAGAUGAUAUUUUAAAUCAUAUGAUUAAAACUCACAAGUUUGAUUUAUUUAAAGUUAGAAAAGAUCAAAAUUACUAUGACUCUAUUAAAUUAAUUAAUUUUAUUAGAAGACAAUCCUAUGAAUUAAAUUGUCCAAUGUGUGGAUUAAAACACCAAGAUGAGGCAGAUUUAAACAAACAUAUUCAAUCAAAUGACCAUGUUGGUGUUGACAAGAACAACGAGAUGUGGCGUGAUGCUCAAUUCCUUUUCCCAACCUAUGAGAACGACAGUCUCUUGCGUAGUUUUGAAGAUUUCGAGGAUCAAGCAUAUGAACAAGAAUGGCAAGAAGAUGAGAAUAAAUACCAAGAAGAAAUGAUGGAAGAACUCAAAUUUGAAAGAGAACUGGUUCUUGAAAGACUUACAAAAGCCAAUGUUCAACUACCAAUUUAA